AUGGCUUGGUCUGUCCAUUCCUUUAAGAGUAACGAUAUUGAAGGAUGUAAAGGAUGGAUUGUAGAGGGGAGCUAUGGUUACCACGUCUCCCCUUUCCACCGGCCAAGAACGCCUCCUUCUAUUGGUUGCUUUCGCCGAGGCAGGCGGCUAUUGGCCAUUGGCGGGGUUCGUCCGUCCCCAUCCUUUCCCUUUCCGUUCCUUUCCAGUCCCCGGAGAAGGAGUCCAGGAAGGAUUACUCCUCACCGGCUCUGCCGGCUGAGGAGCUGCCGGGACGGAGCUGGGCCGUUCGCGGGCGGAGACAACGCGUCAUGUGGCGGCGGCGGGGGUGGGGGCCGUGGAGCGGGGCUGCUCAACCGCUUCGUGAAGCUCUGCGGGCCGCCGCACCUGCCAGGUAAGAAGAAAAUACGAUGGGACGCUGUUAGGAGAUGCUUCACUCAGUCCUGUCCCAUCCUAAGGAUCCCUAAAAGGUUUUUGAGAGGUCACAGAGCUCCACCGCCACGAAGUGGACAUCGAUGUGUGGCAGAUAAUACCAAUCUGUAUGUAUUUGGAGGUUAUAACCCAGAUUAUGAUGAGUCAGGAGGACCAGAGAAUGAAGAUUAUCCUCUCUUCAGGGAGCUUUGGAGGUACCACUUUGCUACAGGAGUAUGGCAUCAAAUGGGCACAGAAGGUUACAUGCCCAGAGAGCUGGCAUCUAUGUCACUUGUAUUGCAUGGAAACAAUCUGUUGGUGUUUGGAGGUACUGGCAUUCCCUUUGGUGAGAGCAAUGGAAAUGAUGUCCAUGUUUGCAAUGUAAAAUAUAAACGGUGGGCACUUCUCAGCUGUAGAGGGAAGAAGCCCAAUCGGAUUUAUGGACAGGCAAUGGCUAUUAUAAAUGGCUUCCUUUAUGUCUUUGGAGGAACAACUGGCUAUGUGUACAGUACAGACCUACAUCGGUUAGACCUGAAUACACGGGAAUGGAUACAGCUAAAACCAAACAACCUUUCUUGUGAUCUGCCAGAAGAGAGGUAUAGACAUGAAAUUGCACAUGAUGGGCAGAGGAUAUACAUCUUGGGAGGUGGGACUUCCUGGACAGCUUAUCCCUUAAAUAAGAUUCAUGCAUACAACCUUGAAACGAACACGUGGGAGGAAAUUGCAACAAGACCCCAUGAAAAAAUAGGUUUCCCUGCAGCCAGAAGAUGUCACAGUUGUGUACAAAUAAAAAGUGAUGUAUUUGUUUGUGGUGGUUAUAAUGGAGAAGUAAUUCUGGGAGAUGUCUGGAAAUUGAGUCUGCAAACUUUCCAGUGGUUAAAGCUUCCAGCUGUUAUGCCUGAGCCAGUUUAUUUCCAUUGUGCAGCUGUUACACCAGCUGGUUGCAUGUACAUUCAUGGAGGAGUGGUGAACAUCCAUGAAAAUAAACGGACUGGUUCAUUAUUUAAGAUAUGGCUGGUGGUGCCCAGUCUUCUGGAACUGUCAUGGGAGAAACUACUUGGGGCCUUCCCUCACUUAGCAAACCUCUCCCGGACACAACUUCUGCACCUUGGACUCACACAGGGACUCAUUGAGCGGUUGAAAUGAGGAUUUCUGGACUGUUCAUUCACCCUGGAAAUAAUAAUUUAAAGAGACUUCUUUCUCUAUUUAUGAGCAGCGUGGAGUGUCCUACCAAGAGGACUGAGUACCCUGAUCAAGGCCUUACUCAGAAAAUACAUCCGAUGCCUUUCUGUAAAUUUGUUUUUAAGUUUAUGGAAAUGUGUGAAUUUCCCCUUAUGCUGCUUCUCCCUCUUCCUUUCCCCUUUCCC